UGUAAAUAUAAAUGGCAAAAAAUGACAGGUAAAGAAGGCUUAACGCAAAGGCGUUUUGCGACGCAGAUAUGCCCCACCACGCAGUUCACAUGCAAGUGUAAGAGGUUGACAUGAUGGAUGACUUGAGAAGCGUGUUUUCCCCGAAAAAGAUUCCUGGGGACGUUCGACUUCUACAGCUCCAUUGUAUUGAAUCAAAAUCAUGAUUUUAAAAAGGUGCGGCACAUCUGCCUCAAAUUUCUAAGGUUUAAGGUUCCAAUCUCACGGAUGGAUGUUCAAAAUGUAAGAACAUCAAAAAUACAGAAGUAUUUAUUUUGUUCGAGUUUGUCCAACAUUUCUUUAUGAUCGAAAGAAACCGUUUUCAUUGUUGUUUUGACUUCUUUGCCAAAGACUAUAUGACCAAUAAAGGAACAGAGACCCUUUUUUUUUUUUAAAGUGAGGCGAUGUCGUAUCUUAGCAACCGAGAUCAACAAAAAAGAUGGAAGUCAAAAUAACAACCGAGAGAGAGAGAGAAGCCGCUGCUUACCUGGAAAAACACAAAAUCUUCGACCUGAUGAAAAACCUCACCAGCAUGCUCUUCUUUUAUAGACCCGAUGAUCCGAAAGAGUUUCUCAUCGAAAAACUGGAACAGCUAAAACAAGCUCGAGAUCGUGGCCAAAAAGCGCCCAGUCUGCUCAGCCAUUCCAAUCUGGACGCAGCCUUUGGAAUAGUGGACCCAGCCAAUGACAGAUAUGUCACAUUUGCACAAUACAAACAGGCUCUCAUCUCAUUGGGCAUGAAAGACAUCAACGAGUGUCCUGACGGUGUAAACGAUGACAAAAUAUCCUAUGAUACUUUCAUAACAGAAGGGAUGGUAAGCCUGGAGAAAUGCUCAGCGACAUACAAACAACCUUAAACCUGAAUGUUUACUGAUACUAUGUCCAUAAUAUUUUAUGUGCAACUUGAUGUUGUCAUCCAAAGUAGGCAUUUUGCAGUGAUGUGCUUUUUAAAUGUAGUUACCACUUUGUAUUGUUAUGAAUUUUUGUACUGGGGUUCCAUUUUCUGGUUUGAAACAGACUGAUAAGAUUUUAUAACAUCUGCUCGAGAUGCAAUUUUUGUAGCAGAAAGAAGAUUGAUUAUACAGAAUAUAAAUGUGUACACUAGUACAAUGGGAUGAUUUACAGUAUAUUUAUGGAAUUGCGGUAUGAAUCAACACACGUGCAAAUAAAUACUUUCUGAUUUA